GACGUAAACCAGGAAUUUAUUUAACUUGGGAUGAAUGUGAGACGCAAGUUAAUGAAUUUCGUAAUGCUAUGUAUAAAAAAUUCCCUACUCGUAUCGAAGCUCAAAAAUUUAUUGAAGGAAAAUGUGAAGUUUCUAUAAUCUUAAACGAUAGUAAAAUUCAAAUUUGGACAGAUGGAUCAUCUUUUAAUAAUAGUACAACGAGAGCUCAAGUGGGUAUUGGAGUAUUUUGGAAAGAUAAUGACCCUAAUAAUUUAAGCAAAAGAUUACCAGGUUUGGAACAGACUAACAAUCGCGCAGAAAUCUAUGCUGUGAUUAGAGCUCUCGAAGUUUGUGAAAUAAAAAUAAAACCUUUGGAAAUAAUGACAGAUAGUAAAUAUGUAAUUAAUAUAAUUGAAGAUUGGGUCGAAAAAUGGGGAAAAAAUGGAUAUAUGAGUUAUAAAAAUACACCGGUCAAAAAUCAAGAUUUAAUCAAAAGGUUAAAAAAACUUAUUGACAAUAGAAUAGGUACAGUUCGAUUGAUUCAUGUUAGAGGUCAUUUGGGAAAUUAUGGUAAUGAACAAGCUGAUAGAUUAGCUAAACUUGGUUCAUUACAAGAAGCAAUUGAAGCAAAUCCUAAAUUAGAAAUUU